AUGAAGUACACGGCCGCUCUCUUUGCCCUCCCUCUGGCAUCUGCCUUUGGACUCUCACCUCGUCACGAAGGCCAUGAUCACGACAGCAGCAGCGAGCAUAGCAAUGACACCAGCGGAACUGGCCAUGACCACUCCAUGGCCCACGGGCAGUUCAACUUUACCCCCUCCGGUAUUCCCUGGCCUACCUGCGCCCGAACCUGCUGCAACGCCAACUUCCAGUAUUUCCCCAAGCCUGUGAACCACCCUCUCUGCGUUAGCCAGGCAUUCUACGACAACGUCACAACCUGUGUGGCGACCAACUGCACAGAGUACGAGCAGGGCGCGUACGCUGUCGUUGCAGAGAUUGAGUGUCCUCAGGCGGAAGACUACGAGGUCGACAUUGACAAGGAUGUCGUCGUUUCGGCUCUGAAGAAGGAGGGAGGAAACCCGCAGUCUUGCAGUGGCGUCAAUAACGAGACGAUUGAGUGCCAGAACGAAACUACUGAAGGUCGGGGGGCUUUGGCAUAUGGACAGGGCGAUUUGUUGAUCCCUACCUUUACGGUUGCUGGCCUGGCUAUUUUGCUGAGCCUUGGUCUCUAG